GGGUGCGGAGAACGAGUAGAUCUAGUCGCACUACAUCCGGGAUCGCUGCCUGUCUUAAAGCUUGGUCGUACAACUAACUGUAGGAUUGAGUUCGUCCCCGCACUUCACAUGCGCACUUCCGGUGAUGAUGACUUAGGUGGUCAAAAGUAUAAUCUCAGUUAUUAUUCCAUUGGAUUUCUUUGCUUCACGCAUCGAUUCCGUUAGAGUUCCCCUAUUCCAAUACUAAAGUCUUGAGAGAACGUGUUGUGACCGACAAUAUGGCCCCUCAGCCGAGACUAGAAGGCAAGGUGGCUAUCGUCACAGGCGGAGCUUCGGGGUUCGGCAAGGGGAUUGCAACUAAGUUCGUCGAGGAGGGUGCCCAAGUCCUCAUUGCAGACCUCGCCGAAGAAGCUGGUAGAAGUGCGGCAAAGGAGUUAGGAUGCGCGUCCACCGUCGCAGAUGUGACCAAGCGCGAGGAUUGGGAGCGAUUACUGAAAGAGGCCGUUGACAAGUUCGGCAAACUCGACAUUGUCAUCAACAAUGCAGGUGCUGCUUACAACAACAAAGCCACUGAAGACGUCACGGAGAAAGACUUCGACCUUGUCAUGACCGUCAACGUCAAAUCUGUGUACCUGUCUACGAGUGUGAUCGUACCUUAUUUCGUGGAAAAGAAGAUCGCAGGGUGCUUCGUCCAGAUUGCGUCCACAGCAGGAGUGCGACCCCGCCCACGGCUCACUUGGUAUAAUGCAUCUAAAGCAGCCGUGAUCAAUGCUACAAAGGGCAUGGCUGUUGAGUAUGCUCCGCAUUCGAUCCGGUUCAACUCAGUAUCCCCUGUCAUUGGAAGUACUGGUAUGACACAUCUCUUUAUAGGCAAGCCGGACACCCCUGAGAAUCGUAAAGCCUUUGAGUCUGUCGUACCGCUCGGCCGAGGCUCUACUCCAGCUGAUGUUGCCAACGCAUGUUGCUAUCUUGCUAGCAACGAGGCAGAAUUUAUCACUGGUAUUAACCUUGAGGUAUGCGGUGGUCGCUGUGUGUAGGCGUGUUGGAUUGGUAUCAUCGACGGCACGAGCCAGGUUAACUUGGUCAUAUCUGCAACCUGACGGGAUAAUAUGUUUGAAUGUCAAAUAUUAUGAGCUUAUGGGAUUGCUAGGUACCUUAAUACUGACUCGGCUUUCAUCCAA